AUGGAACCACCGGCAGUGUGUGCGGCAGCUGUCGAAACGCCCCUUGACCAAUUAGUGACAGACAUCCACCAUUCCCGUGGCCACCCUGGGGUAAGAAGAACGCUGUACUUUGUAAAACGAGUCAACGCGGCAGUGACGAAAGGACAGGUGAGUGCUGUUGUCGCUUCCUGCCAGAUAUGCCAGUCUAUAGACCCAGCGCCAGUGAAGUGGAGUAAAGGCAACCUGUCGGUGGAGGGAAUCUGGCAGCGGGUUGGGAUGGAUAUCACGCACUGUAGAGGAAGGUCGUAUCUCACGCUCAUCGACUGCGGGCCUUCUCGCUUCACCAUCUGGCGCCCGCUGAGGCUACAAACGAGCGAUAACAUCAUCGAGCAGUUGGAAGCAGUUUUCUGUGAGCGCGGGACUCCGGACGAGAUUCUGACUGACAAUGACACCGCCUUCCGCAGCAAGUUGUUCGCUCAGUUUGCCUUGCGUUGGAACGUGAAUAUGCACUUCCGGGGAGCGUAUUCACCGUCUGGAAAUGGUGUCGUUGAGAGGUGUCACAGGACAGUGAAGGUCAUCGCGGCAAGAAAAGGAUGCUCCAUAGCAGAAGCGGUGUACCUCUACAACAUCACGCCCGGGAAUGACUGCUCGCCUACCUCUGCGCCUGCGAACAUGUUGUACGGGUAUUCGGUGAGAGUGCGGGGAGAAGACGCGAGCAGAAGCAACCCUGCAGUAGAAAACAACCCUCACCAUGUAGGAGAAGAAGUUUGGGUAAAGCCUCCCGGCGUGCGCUGCGACGAGCAAUACAAAGAGGGCGUCGUGACUGGAGUGGUAUCGGAUCAAGUCGCCGAAGUUGAUGGUACACCUCGUCACGUUCGUGAUCUGCGACAUCGCGUUUCACCACCAAGACACCAGGACAGAGUAGUAGGCAACUCGGACAAUAACUGCGAGGAUCUGGUGGUUACGUUUCCUACUCCAGAAGAGCAGCGUGAGGAGGAGGACCCGGAGAGAAACGGUGAAGAUGUUGGGAGUGUGGUGCUGAGGCGUUCUGCUAGAAUCAAACAAUCUACCAGGUGUCUGCUGUGUGAUUGA